ACUGGGGCAGGAUGAAUGCUCCUUUCCAAGAUGGCGGCGGAGGGAGGAGGGAAGGAGAUGAACGAGAUUAAGACCCAGUUCACCACCCGGGAGGGGCUGUACAAGCUGCUGAGCCACUCGGAGUACAGCCGGCCCAACCGGGUGCCUUUCAACUCGCAGGGCUCCAACCCCGUCCGCGUCUCCUUCGUCAACGUCAACGACCAGAGCGGCAACGGGGACCGGCUCUGCUUCAAUGUGGGCCGGGAGCUCUACUUCUAUAUCUACAAGGGGGUGCGCAAGGCUGCUGACUUAAGUAAACCAAUAGAUAAAAGGAUAUACAAAGGAACACAGCCUACGUGUCAUGACUUCAAUCAUUUAACAGCCACGGCAGAAAGUGUCUCUCUACUAGUGGGCUUCUCUGCAGGCCAGGUGCAGCUUAUAGAUCCUAUUAAAAAAGAAACUAGCAAACUAUUUAAUGAGGAAAGACUAAUAGACAAGUCCAGAGUAACCUGUGUAAAAUGGGUGCCAGGUUCAGAAGGCCUUUUCUUAGUAGCUCAUUCCAGUGGCAAUAUGUACUUGUAUAACGUGGAACACAAUUGUGGCACCACAGCCCCACACUAUCAGCCGCUGAAGCAAGGCGAAAGCUUUGCGGUCCACACUUGCAAGAGCAAAUCGACACGGAACCCUCUGCUUAAAUGGACAGUCGGCGAGGGGGCUCUGAACGAGUUUGCUUUUUCCCCAGAUGGGAAAUUCUUGGCAUGUGUAAGCCAAGAUGGCUUCCUUCGGGUAUUUAACUUUGAUUCGGUGGAGUUGCAUGGUACAAUGAAAAGCUACUUCGGAGGAUUGCUUUGUGCAUGUUGGAGCCCGGAUGGGAAGUACAUCGUAACUGGCGGCGAGGAUGACUUGGUGACCGUCUGGUCUUUUGUGGACUGUCGAGUGAUUGCUAGGGGCCACGGACACAAAUCGUGGGUCAGCGUCGUGGCCUUCGAUCCGUACACCACUAGUGUAGAAGAAAGCGAUCCAAUGGAAUUUAGUGGUAGCGACGAGGACUUCCAAGACCUUCACUUUGGACGAGAUCGAGCAAACAGCACGCAGUCCAGAUUGUCAAAAAGGAACUCUACGGACAGCCGGCCAGUCAGCGUAACGUACAGGUUUGGCUCAGUAGGCCAGGACACACAGUUGUGUUUAUGGGACCUAACGGAAGAUAUCCUCUUCCCUCACCAGCCCCUCUCAAGAGCAAGGACACACACCAACGUCAUGAAUGCCACAAGUCCGCCCGCAGGAAGCGGCGGAGCUAACCCAGGAAGUAACGGCAACAGCAUAACGACGCCUGGGAACUCUGUGCCCCCUCCUCUUCCACGAUCCAACAGCCUUCCGCAUUCUGCAGUCUCCAAUUCCGGCAGUAAAAGCAGCGUCAUGGACGGUGCCAUCGCCUCUGGCGUUAGUAAGUUUGCAACCUUAUCGCUACACGACCGGAAGGAAAGACACCAUGAAAAAGAUCACAAGAGAAACCAUAGCAUGGGACAUAUAUCCAGUAAGAGCAGUGACAAACUGAACUUAGUUACUAAAACCAAAACGGACCCUGCAAAAACUUUGGGGACACCCCUCUGUCCCAGAAUGGAAGAUGUUCCUUUGUUAGAGCCUCUUAUCUGUAAAAAGAUAGCACACGAAAGACUGACUGUGUUAAUUUUUCUUGAAGACUGUAUAGUCACUGCUUGUCAGGAGGGAUUUAUUUGCACAUGGGCAAGGCCUGGUAAAGUGGGUUUAUUGCCAUCCCAAAACCAGGCCAGUUCUCCAAGUGGAACUGUAGUGUAGCCACCACACUCCUGCUAGCAAAUCUAUGAACACAGAACAAGAAGUAUUGCCAGUGGACCCAGAAGCUGCAGUUCAGCCCAAGAACACCACAAAUUCUUUACAG